GCGGGGGAGGGCCAGGCUCGCGGCGCUAGAGGGGCGGCCGCAGACGUUGGCCCCUCCUCCUGCGAGCGAUCCCGGGGUCCUGGUCCCGCCUCUUCCGCUGGACCAGUGCGGACAGACAAUCUGAUGUUUACCGGCUUCGCGCCCAGUGGAUAAAUGGCAGGGAAAAAGCGAGAAAUCCAGUUGCAGGCGGUCGUUAAUAGUCAAAGCCUGUGGGAUGAGAUGUUGCAGAACAAAGGCCUAACAGUGAUCGAUGUUUAUCAAGCCUGGUGUGGACCUUGCAAAGCAAUGCAAACUUUAUUCAGAAAAUUGAAAAAUGAGCUGAACGAAGAUGAACUUCUGCAUUUUGUUGUAGCAGAAGCUGACAACAUUGUGACUUUGCAGCCAUUUAGAGAUAAAUGCGAACCUGUUUUUCUCUUUAGUGUUAAUGGCAAAAUUAUUGCACAGAUCAAUGGUGCAAAUGCACCACUUGUCAAUCAAAAAAUUAUUAACUUGGUCAAUGAAGAGAGGAAAAUUGCAGCAGGUGAAAUGGUUCGCCCUCAGUAUCAUGAAAUUGUGUUUGUAGACCCAGAUGCGGAUGAUGGUGGGGAAGCACCCAGUGAGAGUGUCGAUCAAUUCUACAUUAUUGCUAUUAUCAAACCCGAUGCUGUGAUUAGCAGAAAAUCUCAAGAGAUUAGACAAAAUAUUAUCAAGGCAGGCUUUGUCAUAGAGAUCGAGGAGAAGAGAGCACUCACUGAACGACAAGUCAGGGACUUCUAUUAUCGGAUAGCAGACCAGCCUGACUUUGAAGAUUUUGUCCAUUUUAUGACCGGUGGCCUGAGCCAUAUUCUAGUCCUGUCUCAGGGAACUGAGGAAGAGCCUGCCCUGGAAGAAACUGAGCCCAAUCCUGAGAUGGAAGCUAAGGGAAUCUAUGAGGAUCACAAUGCAGGGGUCACAACUCCAAUGAUGAAGAAGAGGGACAGCUUACAAGAAUAUCUGGAAAGACAACAUAUAUCUCAGUUUUGUGAUAUUGAAGAGAAUAUAACUGAUGUUAACCACUUUAUUGAUAUGUUCUUCCCUGAUUUUAAAAGUAUGAAAAACCUGAAAUUAGAAAAGAUCCUGGCAUUACUUCGACCAGCUCUCUUUCAAGAAAAGAAAGAGGAUGUUUUGAAGAUUAUUGAAGAUGAAGGCUUUAAAAUACUGAUGCAAAGACAAAUUGUAUUAUCAGAAGAGGAAGCACAAACACUGUGCAAGGAAUAUGAAAAUGAAGAUUAUUUUGAAAAGCUUAUCGAAAAAAUGACCAGUGGUCCAUCUCUAGCCCUUGUUUUAGUAAGAGACCAUGGUUUACAACACUGGAGAGAGUUAAUUGGACCAGGUAGUGUUGAAAAAGCCAAAGAAUAUCUUCCAGAGAGUUUAUGCGUACGAUUUGCAAUGGAAGAUUUACCCAUCAACCAGUUGUAUGGAAGUGACUCAUUAGAAGCAGCCCGGAGGGAAAUACAAUAUUUCUUUCCUCCUCAAAACACUUUAGCACUGCUUAAACCUCAUGUCACACAGGAACAAAGAGAGGAGAUCUUGGAACUUAUUAGAAAGACUGGAUUUGAAAUAACACAGAUGAAGGAAAUACUCCUAAAUGAAGAAGCAGCAGAAAAAAUUUAUUCAAAAAUAACAGGAAAAGACUUUUAUCAAGAUGUAUUAGAAGUGUUAUCUGAGGGUCCAUCUUUGGUCUUGGUUCUGACCAAGUGGAAUGCUGUUUCAGACUGGAGACGAUUGAUGGGUCCCACAGACCCAGAUGAGGCAAAACUACUGUCCCCAGACUCUAUCCGAGCCCAGUUUGGAAGAAGUAUUUUGAAAAAUGCCGUCCACGGAGCAUCUAAUGCCUACGAAGCAAUGGAGAGCAUAAAUAGAAUUUUCCAAGAGUUUGUUCCUGAGAAUCCUGAGGGAAACUAAAGAUUUAAUGACUAGCAGUCCGGUACGUUCCCAGAACCGCAUCGCAUCCUGUAGCAGAUACAAACACUACGCAAGAGAUGAACCCAGAAACAUUCAGUCAGCAUUCACUCAUUCAGCUUCUUUAGGGAGACAAGCUAUGAGUAGAAGAACAGCUUCAAAGCCAAGAACACAAGGUGGUACACGCAGCGUGAGGACGGUACCCAAGCACUGAUAGAAACCAGAUCGAGGAAGUAUUCAAGUGAGGUCCGUUUCAAAAGGGGUUUCGGAGAAACAGUUCAUAGCUGUUUCCAGAAGAAACCGAGGAUCAUUAAUGGGGAAUCCAAGAGAAGACUGGUUAUAUAAAAAAGGAGUCAUUUUGUUGGAGAUGUAUCCUGAGGCAAGUGAUGGGGCCCGUCCUGGAAUCUUGCCUGAAGAGUUUGAUUUUUCCAUUAUAAGGAAUAUACCAAUAUAUAAAAAGAUGCCAAGGAGAGAGAGAUGGGGAAGCACUCUCCGAGCUAGAGAUCUGCGUUUAUGUGUGUGAAUGUGACUGUGUGCGUAAUGGUCUAUCAAACAAAUAUUGUACAUUUAUAUUGUGUAUAAGGAAAACGUGGAACUGUCGUCUCAAGUGGCUGUCUUUACUCGAUCUGUAAGCUAUUAAAGAGCUCUUAAAAAUAUUCAGGAUUUGCCACACUAAGAUUGAUUUGAGCGGUUUGAAAAGAACUGUUUUAACUCAUAGCAAUUUAUCUGCCUACAAUUUUUGGAGUCACCUAAUGAAUUCUGAAACUGGUUUUUAAAGAUUCCAUCCAAAUACUCCUGUUUCUCUUUUUCCUUAAUGCCACGAGGGAUUCCAU